CUCGGACCACCUGGAGAUGAGCGGCAUGGUCCCACUGCAGACCACACCACCCACCGAGAAGAAGCGGGUCCUCAAGCGGCCCCCCAUCCUUGAGGACUACAUCAACGUAACGUCCACCGAAGGCACCAGGGUCUUCCUGGUCGUGAGGGAUGAUCCCAGCAGGACAGGGGUGGAGCUCCCCGAUUCCCUGGGCUGGAACGCACGCAGGCCGCUGCACUUGCUGGGGGUGCCUUUCUCCUACCUGAAGGAACAAGUGGACGAAGAGCGUCGCAGGCAUGUUCUGGAGGCAUCACAGCAGCUGACGGAGAUAAUAAACAGUUGCCUUGAGAGUGAGACCAGUGCCGAGAGCCUGGGGCCCAGCAUGGAAGCGGAGCCAGCAGAGGAGGAGGAGUCUGCACGGCAUUGCCUCUGGGUGGACAAGUUCACUCCCCGGCGCUACAUGGAGCUGCUCAGUGAUGAUUACACAAACCGCUGCCUUCUGAAGUGGCUCAAGCUCUGGGACACGGUGGUGUUUGGGAAGGAGAAAGCCAUGAAGAAGGCCAAGCCCAGCGCUGAAGCUCGUGCUCCGUUCAGCCAGCCCAAGGAGCAGCAGAAUAAGUGGAAAACGAAGGUCCAGCUCACAGAGGAGAUUCUGGAGGCUGAGCUGGACCAGCACAAGAGACCCAAAUACAAGGUAGCCCUGCUCUGUGGCCCGCCCGGCUUGGGGAAGACCACGUUGGCCCACGUCAUCGCGAAGCACGCAGGGUACAACGCCGUCGAGAUGAAUGCCAGUGAUGACCGCAGCCCCGAGGUUUUCAAAACCCGCAUCGAAGCUGCCACCCAGAUGAAGUCUGUGCUGGGUGCCAACGAGAAGCCCAACUGCCUCAUCAUCGAUGAGAUAGACGGCGCGCCCGCGGCAUCUAUCAACGUGCUGCUCAACAUCAUCCACCGUAAGGAUGCGGAGGGCGAGGUGGCAGCCGGCGCGGGCCGGAGGAGGCGGCGUGAGGGCGGACUGCUGCUCAGGCCCAUCAUCUGCAUCUGCAACGACCAGUACGUCCCAGCCCUCCGG